UCAGACAUGUGUGGUUUUCGGUCAAGAUAAGACUUCCCCCAAAGUUGCUGCCAGAAACCUAGGCCUUGGUCUUGAUUAAACAUUUACAAUGGCAUCUUUUCAGAAGUGUGUUUCCGUCCUCAGCAAGUCCUUGGUAACGAGGGCAUCAGCUAGGUCACAGUUUUGCUCCAAGUUUGCAACAGGUGUGCAAACGCCUGCAUUUGCUCGCUGUUUCAGUAUUACUCCAGCAGCCAAUUAUGAAAAUAUCAUCGUAGAGAAGAAAGGAGAAAGCAUUGGAUUGAUAAAGCUGAACCGACCCAAGGCCCUGAAUGCUCUGUGUGAUGCUCUAAUGUACGAGGUGUCUGAUGCACUCAAUGCAUUUGAAGCUGAUAAAGAUGUUGGUUGUAUCGUCCUCACUGGAUCUGAGAAGGCUUUCGCUGCUGGAGCAGACAUCAAAGAAAUGGAGGGGAAAACAUUCCAACAGGUUUAUGGAGGAAAUUUCCUGAGUCACUGGGACCACGUUGCAAGAACUAAAAAACCAGUCAUUGCUGUCGUCAACGGAUAUGCUCUUGGUGGAGGGUGUGAGCUGGCUAUGAUGUGUGAUAUCAUCUAUGCUGGAUCAAAAGCCAAGUUCGGCCAGCCUGAAAUUUUGUUGGGAACAAUUCCAGGUGCGGGAGGUACUCAGAGACUCACACAUGCUAUCGGCAAGUCCAAAGCAAUGGAGAUGGUCCUUACUGGGGAUCCAAUCGCUGCAGAUGAGGCCAAGGAAAUGGGGCUCGUAAGCAAAGUCUUCCCACCAGACGUUGUUCUGGACGAGGCCUUCAAGUUAGCAGAGAAAAUCGGGAAGAACUCUAAACUAACAGUUGCCAUGGCGAAGGAAGCAGUGAAUGGCGCCUACGAGCUGUCGCUGACGGAAGGACUUCGACUUGAAAAGAAAAUCUUCCACUCUACGUUUGCAACAGAUGAUCGAAAGGAAGGGAUGACAGCAUUUGUGGAGAAGAGGAAAGCCGUCUUCACCGAUAACUAAAGAUCAUUUUGUGACAACAUGAUUUGUGACAGCAGGGUUUUUGUAGCAAUCAUGACGUGGACUAAGGACAAUUGGUUUGACAAUUUAAGCAAAGUUUUAUUGAGAAGCUAAAAUUAUCACCACAUUAUUCAAAUGAUGUAUAUAUAUAGUGGUGAAGGUGAAGGGACUGUUGUCGACAUGAUCAAAUGUAGAGGAGCGGCACUUUGGGCAUCAAAUCUUUCUGUUUUUGCGAUGUGCCUCUGACAACUCAACAAAUCAAAACAAUAAGACUAUGCAAGGCUAUGAACUUUAAUGGUAUCAUGUUUUGCAUAUUAAUUGAAAUAGGAGAGAUGUCACAAGUAAAAAUGCCUUGGAAUAACAUGAACUUAAGCCUCACUCUAAAUCCAAGUUUGUGCAAAAAGAGAACUCGCACAUACGGCUGAGAGGAUUUCAGUAGUGGGCGGUGUAGACAUAAACAAAGGGCACUUGGUUUAUUGCUAUUCAUCCUUUACCAUGCUCGAUAUGGCAGCAGAGGGUACCCCCUCCCCCAAUAAACCCAUACUUCAACACACUAUUUUCCUCAAAAGUACCCCCUAAAAUCCUCUUAAGAAUUCAUGAGUUUCUUAUCACACAACAAGGACGCAAUACAGGGAGGGGGUACCACUAUGGGGGUACCACUUUGCGAGCACCCAUAUCGAGCACCACAUGAUUCAUCCUUGUUCACUAAUCUCAUUUGAAGUAUAGACCCCUUGCACAUGACGUCACAAGCCUGGGCUCAAAGGAAGAUCACCAAUUAGCUGCGAGCUGUGCAUUGUGCGCUCACAGAGGCACGUUUUCAUUGUUUGGCCUCAGUGAUGGCGGCAUGUGCAAUGGGUCUAAACAUCUGUUUGUGUUUUUAAGUUGUUUUCUUAUAUCAGAGUUAUCUAUUUUUAAUUACUUGAAUUAAUUAUGGUAAAAAAUUGUAUUUUGCUCGUAUUUUAACACCUGUUAUCUCCAUGUAAAUCCUUUCUGAAGGAUUAUCACAAUUUGAAUCACUAACUCAUCCCACAUGCACCAAUCUUCGAUCCCAGUGCUGUCCCUCGAUCCCACUGCUGGGUCUCCAGUCCAAUAGCAAUAAUGUUUAAAUUUCUUCAUCAGUGAAAAAAUAAUUUGACUAACACACUUGCUGGUUAACUACGCACUAUGAAGUUUUUAAUCAUUGACUUUAUAGUCAUUGUACCUAUAGAUUUCUUGAAGAUUUCUGUAAAAUACCCCAAAAACUUAUUUUAGAUACUUUACAGCAGCUCUUUUCGGGUACAGUAUACAAGUACAUAAUAAGGAGAGGAAAUAUUUGGUUUAUUUUGAAAAUAAAAUACAAUAAUUAUAAAACGACUUAAACAAAUUAAGUUUACAUGUACAAGUGUUUUUGUUUUUUUUCAAUUUGUGUUACUGUUAUAUAAUUACGACUAACACUGACAUUUUGUAUGGACUUCAUUUGCAUGCAGCUACAAACCCUUGUUUCCCCCUCCCCAAAUAUUUACAUUUGUUUGCGCACUGAAACAUGCAUGUUCACUAAUCAUGUACACCAUUGUUUAGUAUCAGUUGAUACUGCUGAUUUUAAAUUAUUGAGCAUGGUAACAUUUAGCUGUGUAUAAAAAUACAUUCAUAAAUACCUUGGA